AAGGGAAGAAGAAGGAGAAGACGAGAGAAGGAGGAUCGAGGAGCAGAGCAGUGGCGCCCAUGGCCUCGACGACGAGGCUCGCGAUGCUGUCGCGGCAUUUUGCGGUGCACGACGAUGAAUGUGGGGCGACCGAUGGCGAGGGCAAGUUGAAGGUGGUCGAUGGGAGGACGGGAAAGGAGUACGAGCUGGAAAUUGGCGCCUCGAGGACUGUGAGGGCGACGGAUUUGAAGAAGAUCGGGGUUAGACUGUACGAUCCGGGGUACGCGAACACAGCGGCCGUGAGGUCGGCAAUUUCGUACAUCGAUGGGGAUCGAGGGAUUUUGCGCUACCGAGGGUACCCGAUCGAAGAGCUGGCAGAGAGGAGUAGCUUUGAAGAAGUGAGUUAUUUGCUCGUGUAUGGAGAAUUGCCGACGAGCGCGCAGCUGGCGAGGUGGGAGUUGGCUGUGUCGCAGCACUCUGCGGUGCCCGAGGGCGUGCUGAAGAUCAUUGCGUCGCUGCCUCACGAUGCGCACCCCAUGGGCAUGCUCAUGGUCGGGAUCUGUACGCUCUCCUCUUUCCAUAACGAUUCCAAUCCGGCCUUGCGCGGGCACGAUUUGUACGGGUCGGCUUCUGUUCGAGACAAGCAGAUGGUGCGACUGCUCGGCAAGGUGCCGACGAUUGCUGCGGCCGUGUAUCAGCGGAUGGCGGGCAGGGCGCCCGUCGCGCCUCGCUGCGGGCUGUCGUACGCGGAGAAUUUUCUCUACAUGCUCGAUUCUCUGGGCGACAGGAGCUACCGGCCCAACCCUCGCCUCGCGAGAGCGAUGGACAUUCUCUUCGUCUUGCACGCUGAGCACGAGAUGAACUGUUCGACUGCUGCCGCUCGGCAUUUGGCCUCGAGCGGGGUCGAUGUCUACACGGCGAUGGCGGGCGCGACGGGAGCCCUCUAUGGACCUCUGCACGGGGGCGCCAACGAGGCGGUGUUGAAAAUGUUGAGUGAGAUCGGGACGGUGCAGAGCAUUCCGGAGUUUCUCGAGGGUGUCAAGAGCAGGAAACGCAAGAUGUCAGGAUUCGGGCACCGUGUGUACAAGAACUAUGAUCCUCGGGCGAAGAUCAUCAGAGGGCUUGCUGACGAGGUGUUUUCGAUUGUGGGACGCGACCCUCUCAUCGAGGUUGCGGUCGCUCUGGAACAAGCAGCACUCUCCGACGAGUACUUCGUCAGCCGCAAGCUGUACCCGAAUGUGGACUUUUACUCGGGAUUGAUCUACCGAGCGCUGGGCUUCCCCACCGAAUUCUUCCCGGUUCUGUUUGCCAUUCCGCGCAUGGCUGGCUACUUAGCACACUGGAAGGAGUCGCUGGCGGACCCCGACACAAAGAUCAUGCGACCCCAGCAGUGGUACACGGGGGAAGGGCUUCGCUCUUACUCGAAUGCUCACGCUCGUACAGCCACACACGAGGCAGAAGAGCUUGCUCAGAUUCCCCAUUCAAAUGCCUACAGACGGCGAUUGGCUGGAGUCAAUGCGGGGAAGUGCAGUUAAGACGGUUUUGCACAAGUGUACAGAUGGUUGAUGUGACGAAUCACAAGAUGUGAGACCCUUUCAAAACUCCCAACUAGAAAGCAACGGAAAUUAUCCAAACCCCAGAGUCCCACUGCGAGAGACCAGAAAUUCUGGAACAUGUGAAUUUACAAAAAUUAUGUAUAAAUGAGUAAUAUAUUACAUUCGGAAUCAAACAACUAUUGCAG